AUCUGCUCAAUUGCAUUUGAGUUUCGUCACUCUUCUCACAGACCAAAUCAUCACACAAUCGCCACCACCAUGAACGAGGAAGAUUAUUACGUUCUUCGUGGCGAGGCAAGAGCUGAACCAGAGAGAUACAGGCAAUGGGAUCAGGCGGGCGAGUUUCGCAGGCAAUACGAAGAAGCCCAUCGUGGAGACCCCGAUUACCUGGAGCGCAUCCGACAAGAAUCAGCUACGCUGCCCCCAGCCGGUGCAAACGCGCCGCCACAAACAGAAAAAGAAGUCGCAGCUUCGCGGCGAAGCUCUUCAUCUUCAGAUUCAAAUGCAUCGACCUCGUCAUCCAGUUCUUCGGCACGACUCGAGGAGAUUAGAACGCAGGGAGCCGAAUCCGGAUUGAACAGGCGGGGCACAGCAUCCACCAGAGGCGAGGGUGGAAUCUUAUACCGCCAUCCUACCGAGCGAAACCCCGAAGCCCUCUCACGAAUUGAAACCCACCGCUCUCAGCAUGCAGGUACCGUGGGUGCUGGUCCUGCCACAUCAAGGCUUACCACUACCCUCAGCCGUCGCAGGACUCAGCGGCCUCUGCCGGAUAUGGGCGCUGGCAAGCCGUUCCCCCCGGCUCUUCCCGACCGAGAGGAAUAUGUUGUUGAGUUUGAUGGCGUCGACGACCCGCGGCAUGCGCAGAAUUGGCCUUUGAAGAAGAAGCUGUGGAUUGGUGCUGUGCUGGCUUUUGAUGCUUUGUCGGCAUCUAUGGGCAGCAGUAUUUUCAGCAGUGCGAUUCGACCUGUCGCCGAUGAAUUUGGUGUGAUCCCUGAAGUGACGACGCUGGGGACUAGCUUGUUUGUUUUUGGAUAUGCUUUUGGGCCUUUGAUCUUUGCUCCGUUCUCAGAACUCUACGGCCGCAAGUUACCUCUUCUUAUAGCUGCCUUUGGCUUCUCGGUCUUCAGUGUUGCUGUCGCUGUUGGCAAGGAUCUUCAGACGGUGCUGAUUUGCCGCUUUUUCGCUGGGUUGUUCGGCUCUGCUCCGCUGGCUCUCGUCGCUGCUGUAUUUGCCGAUAUGUUCGACAAUAAGCAGCGCGGACUCGCCAUUGCUGUGUUCUCCAUGUGUGUCUUUAUGGGACCGCUUCUUGCGCCAUUCAUUGGAGGGUUCAUCACUUCCAGCUCGCUGGGCUGGCGAUGGACCGAAUAUAUCUCCUCGAUAAUGGGCUGGCUCGCUCUCGGCCUCAUGCUCCUCCUCCUUGAAGAAACCUACCCACCCAUCAUUCUCGUCUCCAAAGCCGCUGAACUCCGCCGCCGAACCAAAAACUGGGGGAUCCACGCCAAACAAGAAGAAAUCGAAGUCGACUUCGGCGAACUCAUCAUCCGCAACAUCUCCCGCCCGAUGCGCAUCCUCUUUACCGAACCCAUCGUCCUGCUCGUCACAAUCUACAUGUCCUUCAUCUACGGCAUCCUCUACCUCUUCCUCACCGCCUACUCCCUCGUCUUCCAAGGCCAAUACCACUUCUCCCCCGGAAUAUCCGGGCUCUGCUACUUCGGCCUCGUCGGCGGCGAAGUCGCCGCCUUCUUCGUAGUCGUCCUCUCCAACCCAUCCUACACGCGCAAACUCUCAGCAAACUCCAACGUCCCCGUCCCCGAAUGGCGUCUCCCCACCGCGAUCCUAGGCGCGCCUCUCUUCGCCGCAGGCCUCUUCUGGUUCGGCUGGACAGGCUACCAAGGCCCCGCCAUCCACUGGAUCGUACCCGUUCUCUCCGGCCUGCUCACCGGGUUCGGCCUCUUCGCCAUCUUCCUCUCCCUCAUCAAUUACAUUGUCGACUCUUACCUCAUGUUUGCCGCCUCCGCCAUCGCUGCGAACACGCUCAUGCGCAGCUUGUUCGGCGGCAUCUUCCCGCUCUUCGCCACGUACAUGUUCGAUGGCAUGGGGAUCCAGUGGGCUGCUACGUUGCUCGGGUGCGUGGCUACGCUUUGCGUUCCUAUGCCUGUGCUUUUUUACCUUUAUGGCAGGAGGAUUAGGGCGAGGAGUAAGUUUGCGCCCGCGCCGGAUAUCGAGAAGGAUAGGAAGGAGAGGGAGGAUGAGGAAGGUAGAGUCGGUGGCGAUGGUGGGGGUGGGAAAGAAACAAAUAGUGGCGUUCAUGGGAAUGGAAAUGCGAAUGGCACCGCCGCUGCUGCUGUAGAAGAAGAAGAGAAGGAUAAAUAA